AUGGCGGAGCACGACCUGGAGUUUGACUUCAAGGCCAUGCCGAAGAUCGAGCUCCACGCUCAUCUCACUGGCAGCAUCAGCCGGGAAUGUCUGCACGCCAUCUGGGCCGCGAAGAAGGCCGCCGGCAAGACGGACCUCGAGGACCCGCUGGUCGUCAUGCCGCCCGGCAGACACGACUACGAUCUGACGACCUUCUUCCCCCUGUUCUCGUCGUACAUCUACCACCUCAUCGACGACGUCGCCGCGCUGCGGCUCGCCACGCGCGCCGUCCUCGACGACUUCGCCCGCGACGGCGUCGUCUACGCCGAGCUGCGCACCACGCCGCGCGCCCUCCCCGCCGCCGGCCUCGACAAGGCUGGCUACGUCGCCGCCGUCCUCGACGUCAUGCGCGAGCACGCCGCCGCCGACCCCUCGGGCGCCGGCCUCCGCACCCGCCUCAUCCUGUCCGUCGACCGGCGCGACACGCCCGCCGGGGCGCGCGAGGCCGUCGCCCUGGCCGCGCGGUUCCGCGCCCGCGGCGUCGUCGGCGUCGACCUGUGCGGCGACCCGUCGCGCGGCGACGUGGCCACCUUCGCGCCCGCCUUCGCUGCCGCCCGCGCCGCUGGCCUGCGCCUGACCGCCCACUUCGCCGAGGCCGAGGCCUGCGCGCCCGCCGAGCUCGCUGAGAUCCUCUCCUGGCAGCCCGACCGCCUCGGCCACGUCAUCCACGUGCCCCCUGACGUCAAGCGCCGCCUCGCCGCUCCCCGCCCGCUCCCCGCCCGCCCCCUCGGCCUCGAGCUCUGCCUCAGUUGCAACGUCCACGCCCGCAUGAUCGUCGGCAGCUUCGAGGCCCACCACUUCGGCGAGUGGUGGCACGUCGAGGGGCCCGUCGUCGUGCCUUGCACCGACGACGUCGGGGUCUUUGAGAGCCCGCUGUCGAACGAGUGGCGGCUGAUCCAGGCGCACUUCGGCCUGGGGCGGGACGAGAUCCUGGGACUCGCGCGCAAGGGCAUCGACGUCAUAUUCGCCGACGACGACGAGAGGGAGAGGCUGCGACGGGUUAUGUGGUAGUAGUGGCGCGGCGCGCGGUGUACGUGCGAUUUCUUGAGGGCGCUUUCUGCGGCUGGAGAUGACUGGAACUCUGCUCUAUCUAAGUCCCGGGACGACGGGCUCUCUAGCGAAGCGAACGUAGCCGCCAUUCCCUGCCCCCUAUCCUAUUCGUCGCCCCCCCCG